CACUAAAACAUUUUUAAAAAUGUUGUCAAAAUUAAAUAAAAAUAAUUUGAUUCAAAAGUGUUACAAUAAGUUUACAUGAUUGAGAAUAGCAAUUUAUAAAAUGGUCAAAAGAUCCAUCCCAUUGGGAAACAGGGGUGGAGGGUGGUUAACUUUUUAAAACAUUCAAAUACAAAUAAAGUUAUACAAAAGUUACUGAAUUUAAAUGCCAAAAUGUUUAUUCUUCCCAUGCUGAAUUUUUUCCCAGGGAGUUCUGGAACAGAGUUGGUUGAUAUUGCAGGGGUAGAGGGGGGGUCUGUAUCCUUACCUUGCCCCUGUUUCCCCCCUACACCUUCAACCUUGGUGUCCCUAGUCAUGUGGUUUCAUAACUCAGCUCAAGAUCCAUUUUUCAGUAUUCAGAGAGAGUUGCAUUGAACUUAAUCCUUCAGGAAAAUACUUUUAUACUUCACCUUUUCAAUCUCAGUCUAAAUGAUCAAGGAGCGUUUAGGUGCAGAGUUGAUUUUGAUACAGCUCCAACUCAAAAUGUUCACAUUAAUCUUUCAAUUAUUGUUCCUCCCUCUACUCCUGUUUUACUUGACGGAUGGGGAGCCAUCAUUGGUUCUACCUUUGGACCAUUUAAAGAGGGGGAUACGGCUUCUCUUUCCUGUGAAGUCAGAGGAGGUAAGGUAGUAAACAAAGAGCAAGCGAUGCUCUUAUUGGUUUAAAGGGUAUAUGAAUUCCGAUCGGACAUACAA